CUGGCGAACGCAGCGCAGCUUUGUCCUUGCGCUUAUCGUCCGCAAGCUUUGCGAGUGCUUGGCGACCUUGCGAAGUGAUUGUGAACUAUGUCGGAGGACAGCGACCGAGUUGCCGAGGACACGACCAAGAGCUACCGAACGGACGUUCCCAAAGUUUCCUUCAGUAUCGAGAGACUGCUGGCGCCAUGCAACAAGCUCGUUUGUGCGCGCGACAGUAGUUACGACAAAGUGGAGUUUUAUUCAAAUGUCUAUUCGACGAUGCCCCCUGCUCGCUUGGCCUGCUCAAAUGCUGACGAGCAGGAGUCGCUGAUAGUCCACCCUGACUCAUCCGUGAUGAUUUCGGAAGAGAUUGAAUUCCACGAGUCGGACAUGGGGUGUUCAACGUCACCGGAUCCGGAAAUUCAUUACGAGGCCUGCACGAGCAGCUACGGAGCCAACUCGACGUCGGCGUUGUGCGAGGAUCGCGAGGAGCUGCCGGAGCGCAGCUCCAGCGCGGCGAGCGACGACGAGCGCAAAAAGCGUCCGCGCACCGCCUUCACGGCCACUCAGAUCAAGUCGCUGGAGGCCGAGUUCGAGAGGAACAAGUACCUGAGCGUCGCCAAGAGACUGCAGCUCAGCAAAGCCCUCAAGCUCACCGAGACCCAGAUAAAAAUAUGGUUCCAAAACAGACGAACAAAGUGGAAACGAAAGUACACCAAUGAUGUGGAAUUACUGGCUCAACAAUAUUAUUCCAGUCUUGGUAUACAUGCUCCAAGACCAAUAUUUGUCGGCGAUCGAUUAUGGUUUUUCAAUUAUUCUGGACAUCCACAAGCGGGGACUUCAGUAUUACCGUCGCAUUUUUCUCCAUUAGCAAUUUCGCCAACUCUACCGGUAAUUCGGCCACUUUCGAGCAAUCUCCAAAACGGACAGCACGCAGAGGUUUUUCACAAUAAUUCUGCUAGUCAGCCCAAUUUUAAUUUAUCUCAAAGAUUAGAUUAUAGGCACCAAAACUCCCAAUGAAUGGCAAAGUGUACUUU